AUGGCGAACAAGACGAACAAACGAGCCGAGCAAUCUCAAGCCAAACCAGAACAACCGACCUGGCAGCUCCCAGAUGAUGUCAAAAACAACGGGGAAGUGUGGUCAUAUCAUUACCCCAACAAGAUGUGGUUCUACUACGACUUCAAGAAUUCCAAGUACAUCUCGGUGAGAUUCGACGGUCAGAGGUUCUCGCAUCCGGCGCCACCACCGUCAAAGAAAGUUGCGCCUUCAUCUUCAGCCGCUCCAUCUUUGACGCAAGCUGCGCAGCGCAAGAGAUCUCAUUCUGAAUCAUCGCCACCUCUAAUGCAUUCCGAUGGGAAUCACCGGCGCAAGAGCAUGAAAACGAUGAGCGGUACGAACGGGUCAGAUCAGCAGGAUCAACAAAAUCAACACGAUCAACAAAUCCAACGGGAUCAAGACAACCAACUCGACAUCGCCACAACGGGUGAGCCUACGUCGUGGCCAUUACCACAACAUCUCAAGGACAAGAACCGUACCUGGAUGUUCCAGCACGACGUUCGUAAGUGGUGCUACUGGAACGCCCGGAUUGGCAGAUACAUUCUCGUUGAUCAACAAGGAAACAAAUCCGCGUGGGUGGCACCACCACCUACCCCCAAACAGAUUACGACGGCCUCGAUCACGGCACCUGCAUCCUCAGCUCCACGUUCCAGCGGUCAGAGUGCAUCGGCGGAAGAAAGCCCUCUUCAGCAACAACAGCCACAACCGCAAGAGACGCCUUCCAUUCCUCUUCAGUCUCAGCCUCGAGCUGCGCCGCCUGGCAAUUUGGCCGCAGCGAAGGGCUGCCAUACCUUGCUCGGUUCCACAACUGCUGCGCCCAGGUCCGAUUUCUCCUCGGUGCUGCGUACUAGCUCGCCAUCGAGGUGGGCAACUGCUGCGGAGAUCGCGGACUUCAUCGACGCCAAAGCCAAAGCGAAGACGGCCGACACAAAGGAGGCGGAGCGGAAGCCCGUGAACCCUGAAAGCUGA